CUUGCCUGUUUCACAACGGUAUGUGUCCUCACCAAAACACUUCAAGUAAAGAGUGGAAACGGUGCAAAUAGUAACGAAAACCACUGACAGCAAAAGCCUGUACACUUCAUUUUCUACCGAUAUUCCUGGGAACGUUACAGAUAUCAACACAACGUUUCGCCGAGGACUCUAGUCUUGUCGAAUGUAUAGAUUAGCGAAAACUUAAUCGUACUGCAACGUUGUUUCCCUCCCUGUUGGACUGUAGCUGCUAGCUAGCCUAGCUGGCUAAUUCCCUGUAUCCGUUCUGGUCGGGGCUGCAUCGAAAUGUCCUGCUGCCUGUUCGAGUACUGUCGGGUCCAAGAACUCAAAGCAGUCCGGGAGUUCUUGUUCCAGAGCCAGCAAAACAACAAUUCCUCGGUGGACAAGAAAGGAGAGAAUGAGCUGGCCUGGGAUGACUCCAACUGGGGGUCAUGGGAUAACCCUGAGGCCAAAGAAGUUGGAAGUGGGGAAACCACGGGGGUGGAGGAGGAUACUGCAGCAGUCAGCGCCCCCUGGCUGCAGGACUGUGUGGUGUCUCUGUCUCCCUGCUCAGACCUGAUGGUUGUCGCCAAAGGCAGCAAGGCUGUGUUUCUCUCAGCGAGGUGGCAAACAGAUGACGGAGGCAGAGAGGGGAUGACGCUGGCUGUGUCCUGGAGUGGAACUCUCAGCACCAACGAGGGGGAGAGUGUGAGCAACGUCAUCUGUAUACCUUUGGCCAGCCAGAAGAGGAGUUCCACGGGUCGACCAGACUGGACAUGUAUUGUCGUGGGCUUCUCAUCUGGCUAUGUACGCUUCUACACCGAGAGUGGGGUCCUACUCCUAGCCCAGCUGUUGAAUGAGGACCCUGUCCUGAGGCUCAAGUGUCGUACUUAUGAGAUCCCCCGCCACCCUGGUGUCACCGAGCAGCAUGAGGAGCUGAGUAUCCUUUACCCAGCAGCCCUGGUCACCAUCGACGGCUUCAGUCUCUUCCAGUCUCUACGGGCCUGCAGAAACCAGGUGGCUCGAGCGGCGGCAGCAGGCAGUGAGGUGGUCCAGCCUCCUCCUCUGGCCUAUAAGAAGUGGGGUCUACAGGACAUGGAUGCUAUCGUAGACCACAGCAGCGUGGGUAUAAUGACCCUGUGUGUGUUUGACCAGAUGAGGAAUGCGUCUAUCCUGGGGGGUUUCCAUGCCUCUGUGAAGGGCAGCCUCCCCGCCAUGAGUCAGUACAUAACUGUGGGAGGACCCUACACAGGCUUUUACUAUGCCAUAGAGGGCAGCUCUCAGCCUCUCCUCUCCCACGUUGCUCUGGCUGUGGCCAGCAAACUCACAUCGGCCUUAUUCACCGCCGCCAGUGGGUGGCUGGGGUGGAAGAAACAGAAUGAGGAGGAGCCAACUCAGAAACAGAAGCCUAAGGUGGAACCGGCCACGCCCCUGGCAGUCAGGUUUGGUCUCCCAGACUCACGGCGUCAUGGGGAGUCCAUCUGUCUGUCCCCCUGUAACACUCUGGCUGGGGUCACGGACGACUUUGGCAGGGUCAUGCUGCUCGACGUGGGGAGAGGCAUCGCCAUCCGCAUGUGGAAGGGCUACCGGGACGCCCAGCUGGGGUGGGUACAGGUGUCUGAGGGGAGGGGCGAGUCCUCCCCGUCCGCGCCCCUCCCACGGCGCCAUGCUCAGUUUCUGGUCAUCUACGCCCCCAGGAGAGGCAUCCUGGAGGUGUGGGGCACACAGCAGGGCCCCCGAGUAGGAGCCUUCACUGUCGGGAAACACUGCAGGUUGCUGUAUGCAGGCUACCGGCUGAUGGGGGUGAACAGUGUGACCAGUCAAGGCUGGCAGCUCCACACACAGCAGGUGUGUCUGUUCGACCCUGCUACUGGAGCACUACGCACUGUCACUGUCCCCUUCCAUCUGGCCCUCAGUGAUAAGAAGAGUGAGAGAGCAAAGGACCUGCACCUGCUGAAGAGACUGACCACACUACUGAAGAGCAGAGAGUUGGAACCAGAUUACCUGGAGAGCGAGGCCCAGCGUGUACUGCUGGACAUCAAACACCCUGCCAUUAAGAAACAGGCCCUGGAGUCUCUGCUAGCCAAUAAAAAUGCUCCAGUCUCCUGUCUGACCAACAUCACCCGACUCUUACUGGCCAGUCUCAGGGGGAAAGACCCUGAGGCGGUAGAUGAAGCAUUGCUCCAGUUGUGUUCCUCCCAGCUGAAACUGCUCCAGCUCUACACUGACAUCCAACAGCUGCACUCUACUGUGGAGGCUAGCACAGAUGCACACACUAAACCUACGGAGGUUGCCGGUGUAGAGGAGGAGCUAGCCCGUGUCUCCCUCAUCCUGCAGCGCUACACCGAGCUCACCUCCGGCUCCCGCCCCUCCGUCUCAUUUGCCCAGGACUCCCCUGACGCAUCACUUCCUGUACGCGGCUUCCUGUCCCAGAUGGAGUGUGAAGGAGAGGAGAUCAGGGUGGUCCCAGGGCCUGACGCAGACUGGACACAACUGGGGAGCUUUCUGUUCUGGGGCUGUCUGAUAGGAGAGAGCCCUCUACAGAAAGUCUGUGACACACUACAGGAGACAGGCAUCAGCCCACAGCAUUUACUGUCUCUGCUGCUGAGUGUAUGGCUGCACAGAGAGAAGGAAGUAUUGAAGAAACCAAAGGCCGUCAGACACCUACACACACUCCUCACUGCCCUCAGCUCCAUGAAAGGUGCGGUGGAGUCGUCGUGGGACAUGCAGUGUGUCUCCCCCUGGUGGCAGCAGGUGCGGUCUGCGUGUGUCCAGUCACACAGUGCUGCUGCUGCCCUGCUGGCUGCAAUAGUGGCUCACCACGCUGCCAAGGAUAACAUCACCAGCCUGGCCGAGACUAAGGUAACACACACACACACACACUGAUGUGUGUGUGUGCUUCAUCACUGACUCUGUGUGUGUGUGUGUCAGUUUCAGUCAGAGUGGGAGGCGGUGUCGUUGGAGCUGGAGCAGUGGGCGGUGUGUGUGAGACAGCUGGAGGACGUGCUGGCCCUGCAGACGCUGCUGUGUGUGGCGCCUCUUAAAGGAACACCAGGGGGCGCCACACCACACUGCUCAGUCAAAGCCCUGCUGGAGGGGGGCCGAGGUGGUAUAGCAGACAGUGUGGCUAAGUGGGUGUUCAGGCAGGACUUGGCCCCUGAGCGGCUGAAGGACAUGCUGCAGAGGAGGGGGGAGGCCCAGAGGACAGAACAGCCCUCCCAGCCAGUGCUGAGAGAGAAAAGCCAGGAGGAUGCAGACUUCAAUAGGGCAGCAGAGCUGCUGGUGUCUGUGUGUCAGCGUUUCCCAGACUCCCUCUCUCCUGACCUGCUCUUUGCCCACUGCUGCUGGGAGUACGUGGUGCAGUGGAACAAAUACCCAGAGGAGGGGCGGUAUCUGUGUUGUGCAGUGGAACACCUGAAGCUCGUCUCUAGUCCUCACAUCCAGCUGGGCAUCUCCUCAAUGAUGUGGAACACGUUCAUCGUUAAACGUUUCUCAGCUGCUGCUUUCCUUAUGGAGAAGGUGGGGAAGGCCCCUAAAGACCGCCUGUGUCGACGGGAUGUGGGAAUGGGAGACGGUGCCACGACAUCAUUCCUGGGAUCCUGUGUUGCGCUGCUACAGAUUCUGAUGGAGGCAGACUCGGGGAUAGAAGAGGUGACCCCUCCAGAGCUGUGUGUGGAGGAGGUGUGGGGGGGAGCGGAGGGUCCUGCCUCCAUAGUAGAGUUAGCCCUGGAGCAGAGGGGAAUCCACUACCCCCUUGUACAACACCACUGUCUCCUGGCCACUCUACUACACACUGCUAUGACCUUCAACCUCCGGGUCAAACCACUCAGUCUGUUCGACAGCAAGGGUAAGAGUGCCUUCUUCAGAGAGUUGGUGUCCAUCCAGCUGAUGCCCAGCGGAGAUAUGGACCCUGGACUGGUCUCUCUUAGACAGGAGUUCCUUCUCAGGGUGUUGACAGGCUGGGUGAAGACCCAGAGUGAGGCAGGGAUGGCUCCUGCAUCCACCCGGCUGGACCUUGACUCAGGGGACGAGAAGUGGCCCUCUCUGUGUCUGGACCUGGGGACCCUGCUGCAAGUCAACCCAGACAUCCUGCGCAGACACCUGGUGUGUGAGCUGUACAACCACGGCCUGGACCCCCGGGCAGAGCAGGUGAUGUUGGAGGUGGAGGAUAAGGACGUGUUGGGUUCUCAGCUGUUGGUUCUAACAGGCCAGAGGCUGAGCUACUCCCUGCUUCACACCCAGACCCAGACCAAGCCCGCCAUGGAGCUGCUGGCACGCCUCCCCCCCACACUCUGCACCUGGCUCAAGGCUAUGGAUCCCAGUGAGCUGGGGUGCCUGUCGGUGCCCCUGAGCCAGACCAGCAGGCUGGUGAGCCGCCUCAUAGAGAUCCUACCUGAGAACCACGGCCAGUACAGCCUGGCACUACACCUACUGGAGGCUGUGGAGGUCUUGCAGGGAGAGGACUGAGUGAAAGGGGGGAGGAGAGCAAGAGGCUCAGGAAGAGAGAUGGCCUGUGUGCAAUUCCGUUCCUGCUGUCAUUGCUAGCAUCCAGGAUAGGAGUGAGAGAGUAAACUGUUGAAGUAGGAAAUAUAUAGGAUUAUACAACUAUCAUGUACAGGAAGGAGAUGUCAGGGAAAUGGCCACCCUGUUUGAGAGGAGGCUCAUGUGUUCAGUUGAAAAAAUGUAAUUGUAAAUGAAAGAGAGGGAAUUGUUUUGUUUGAAGUCUGCAUUUCUGAAGGGGAUAUGCUAUAUGAGCAUGGUGUUAUAUAUCCAUUUGUUUUUGUCACUUCCGACUUAUUUUUUAAAACUUUGUCUGUCAGCUAUACCUAGCAGCCCCUGUACUGCCCAUUCUAACAGACUUAACAAUCCAAUCAAAGGGGGUUGCAGGGUGUGUUUGUGUGCCAUAUCAUUGUUUAGUAAGCAUCCCUUUCUCUUCACCUGUCCCUCAGAUGAGUAAUGAUGAUGUAUGAUAGACAGAAUGGAUGAUCUGGUUAUUUAUACACGCUGCAGUACUGUACUAGCUGUGCCUGUACCCUCUGUACUGUUCUACACCCUGGCUGAGGAACCCCACUGGGGGCAGACGGAACAGACUAAAUGCUCAGCAUGGUCUAGCUUUGGUCUCUUUCUCUCUGGGUCUGGGGUAAGAGCAGUCAACGCUGGUCAUGGUGGUACUUUCCAUUCCGUAUUCUCUCCGGACCAUUCAGGUAGACAGACUGUUUAUAACGUUUUGUACAGUAGCUCACUGACCUCAUCCAGAGGGUGAGGGGAAUCACCGACUAUUUGAUUACUGUAAGGUAGCGCAAUUCCCAACAUACCAUAUCUGGCUUCCAUGUGUAUUAUGUUGGUCAAUAUUCAAACUAAAGUAAAUAAUUCUUUAUUUAA